AUGAAUACAUUGAAGCCACAGUUUAUUGAUAGCACUUCUGCCGCAAAUCAUGGUUCAGAAAGAAUUCUAAUUGAUAAUCCCAGCGGUAGCAUUGUAGUGCGGUCCGAUGACAUUGUUAACAACAUAUUAAUGAUUCCUGGUUGGUGGCAUAAUGCAUUAAAUGAAGAGGGUCAAGAAUUUGAGAGUUCUGAAGAAUUAAGGCGGCCUGCUUCUCGUUCGUCACCAAGCGGCAGCGACAGCGGCGACAGCGAAGUGAAUGAAGCUAAGACCUUCAGUGGCCGUGAUUUCAUCGUUCGAUUGGGUGAAGCCCUCUCAUUGGGGUUCCCAAUUUGGGUGGGGUCCGCUUCCCUCGUCGCUCUCUGGCGGCCGCCGGCGUUUCUUUGGGUUGGCCGGAAUUUUCAGAUCGUGGGUCUCACGCUUACAAUGCUCGGGAUGGGGAUGACGCUGACGCUCGAUGAUCUGAGAGCUGUGCUGUUGAUGCCUAAGCAGUUGGCUGCUGGAUUUGUGCUUCAGUAUACGGUGAUGCCAUUAUCAGGAUUUUUUGUGAGCAAACUGUUAAAGUUGCCUUCAUAUUAUGCUGCCGGUUUGAUACUGGUUGCCUGCUGCCCAGGAGGCACAGCAAGUAAUAUAGUCACAUAUCUUGCUAGAGGAAAUGUAGCCCUUUCUGUGAUUAUGACUGCAGUAAGCACCUUCACUGCUGCGGUAAUGACACCAUUUUUGACAUCGAAACUUGCUGGACAAUUUGUUGCAGUAGACCCAACUGGACUUUUUAUAUCAACAGUGCAGGUAGUGCUUGCUCCAGUGUUAGUGGGCGCUGCCCUGAACCAGUACUGUAAUGACUUGGUUGAGCUAAUUUCUCCUCUGAUGCCCUUCAUUGCUGUCGCAACUGUAGCUAUUCUAUGUGGUAGCGCUAUUGCUCAAAAUGCCUCUGCAAUCUUCACAUCUGGAUUCCAAGUAGUUGUCUCUGUCUUCGCUCUUCAUGGUUCUGGAUUUUUCUUUGGCUAUGUGUUCUCAAGGUUGUUAGGAAUCGAUGUUUCCUCUUCCCGAACCAUUUCAAUUGAGGUUGGCAUGCAGAAUUCGAUGCUAGGGUUAGUGCUUGCGACUCAGCAUUUUGGGAACCCUCUGACUGCAGUCCCUUGUGCUGUUUCAAGCAUUUGUCACUCAAUCUAUGGCAGUGCUUUGGCUGGAAUUUGGCGACGCAUGCCAACGACGGAUGAGUGAGGAUUUUGCUUGAGCUGAUAAGAGAGAACAUGCAGUUGCCAGGAUAUUCUAAUAAUUUUGGUUCUGAUAUGAAAUGAGUUGAGACUUGAGAGUUCUGACAUUGGGCAUGGCAUCACGGCAAGUUCUUGUAUGAAUUUGAAAGGGUUGUACUUCUCCCUGAGCUAUAAGUGUACAAGGGUAUUCUCUGUACUCAAAUGAGUUAGUCUACUUUUGAGAUGUUUGAGACCAAAGGAACUGUAACUCUGGUAUUCUCUGGGCUUUCUGCAGUUUCUCUUUGUUCCGCAGUAUCAGUUGGGAUAUUAUGCGUCUGUUUACCUUGUCUUGUGCUCUCAGAGUUGAUUUUAUUUAGUUGUAAUGUAUCAUUUUCAACGUUUUUUUGUUCUAUAA